AUGAGACAAAUUAUAUUCUUGCUAUUGUUGAGUGUGCUUGCGAAUGAAUGUUUAUGUCAAACAGGAUUUCCCAAACAAUUUCAAGCAAAAUUGAAUAUAACUGCAUUAAACUCUUGGCCAGCACAAGAUGUUCAAGAACUAUUGUAUGAUUAUGUAAAUUCCCGAGUUCGGUUUGAUAUUGAAGGAUGGCGAGCAAAACAAAAGGAAACUUACAUGGUUAAAUACAGACCUGAAGGUGCUGAACCAGAUUCACCAGCUUCGCAGGGUUUUACGAUGUUCAACUUCAACCCCGAUUAUCCAGAAUUGACAAAAAAUGAUUGUUGGUACAGGACAGAUCCAAUGAGAGAUGUAGGUCCAUUUCCAUUUUCAUGGUUCUAUCAGCAAGAAAGUCAUUCUGAAAUUCAACCGUGGUUUCCGUUACCAUCCAACCUUAUCAACAAAGGUGAAGAAUGGGUACCAGAAGUUCAAAAGAAUGCAAUAAGAUAUGAUUCACCAGAAAUUUGUAAUUUAAAGCGAUCUGGUAUUGGAGAAGUUCCAUGCUUAAGUUACUUUGAAGUACAAGACACACCAAUUAAAACUAUCCAAGCACGUGCUGCGCGAGGUGGUUAUGAUAGUGAUGAAUAUACAAGUACAGUUUAUCUGUCAUUUACAAAUGGUAUUCCAUCAGAAGCUGAACAUUUGUUCGAUUUACCCGAACAAUGGCCUUCCAAUUGUGGAAAUGCAAAUGCUGGUUUUAGUGUAGAACCCAUGCACGGAUUUGUUGUAACUCCAACUGGUCAAGAUCAUUUUACAUUAAAAUUACAAACACCACCAGUUCAUUCACUAGGUGAUCAAGUCACAGUUGAGUUUAAAUUACAACCAUCAUGGUAUUACAAUGGUACACGAUGUGCUGAAUUUAAUACGAUUGUAUUCGAUCGAGAAAAUUGGCAAGAACCCAAACAAGUUGACAUGACGUUCGGUGAUUACGGUUGUUGUUCAUACGCAAUUAUUGCAACUGGUGGUGGAUACGAAUGGCAAUACGCAGUAUCAUCAUUUGUUGUUUAUGCAUGUGAUGGACAAGCUGGAUAUGGUUGCACAGGUAAACAACCAUGUGGAGGUUGA